GAAUUCGUUCUCCAUCUCACACCUUCUGUUCUCUUUUCCCUCGUUGGUUCUUAACUAUACCAUUGAGUUUUCGAAGGAUGGAACCGAUGGACAUCGUUGGCAAAUCGAAAGAGGACGUUUCGCUUCCAAAAGCAACUAUGUUUAAGAUCAUUAAGGAGAUGCUACCGCCAGAUGUUCGUGUUGCAAGAGAUGCUCAAGAUCUUCUUGUUGAGUGUUGCGUUGAAUUUAUCAACCUCAUUUCUUCAGAGUCUAAUGAAGUAUGUAGUCGAGAAGAAAAGAGAACAAUUGCACCUGAGCAUGUCCUCAAGGCUUUAGAGGUUCUUGGCUUUGGGGAGUACAUCGAGGAAGUUUAUGCUGCAUAUGAGCAACAUAGGCUUGAGACCCUGGACUCACCAAAAGGUGGUAAGUGGGGUGGUGGAGCCGAGAUGACAGAGGAAGAAGCUUUGGCAGAGCAGCAGAGGAUGUUUGCAGAGGCACGUGCUAGAAUGAAUGGUGGGACAACUGCCCCUAAGCAAUCCGACUCUGAUCGGAGCUUGGAGAGCUAACUUCAAUGUUCUUUUGUUUUAAUGGACCAUUGGCAAGCAUCUUUUAGUAUUGUACAUAAGACCUUGGGGAUGAACCAGCCAUUGUAGACUUCAACUCUGUCCUGUAUGUGGCUAUGGAUUAUGAAAAUGUGAGAUAUGUUAUCUAUCUCUCCAUACCCUUAUAGAGAAGUUGGAGUUUGGUUGGAACAACUGUCACUUUAGAUCUGGAAUUUUAUUUUAUUUUAUUUUAUAUUCAGGGUUACCCAGAAACAACACAUGCAGAAAGAUUCACUUAUAAAUGUCCGCAGAUUGUCUUUUAGAUAAA